AUGGAACGAUUUCAAAUACAGGAAGCAUUUACUACAUUAAAACCACUUUGUGAUUCUUUAAUGAAAAAUCCAAGUGUAGAUAUUGCUUACAACAUUGCUAAUACUUUGACAAAGAUUUCUGACAAAGUUAUUCAGGAUUUACUUGAAUAUAUUUUGUUUCCCUUUAUUGUUCAUUUACAAAAUGAUACACUGAGUAAAAAUGUAAAAGAAGAAUUAGUAAAAACAACAGAGGCAAUACUAUCAAGAGCAAAGAUAUCAAAAAUGGAAUUAUUUAAUAAAUUAUAUUCAUGUCUUUUAAUACAAAUUUAUGAUAAUACACAACAAAGUAUGGUGAUCGAGGGACAUGAAGAACUUAAAGAAGCAGUACUAUCAUGUAUUAAAACUUUGUUACAUUCUUGUUUCACAGAAGUUAUAGAAGUUCUAUAUACUAGACAAAAUGCUUCUAAAAUAGGACAAGGAAUAUUAUUGUCAAUAACAAUGGGCAGAAUUGAAAAAUCACGUCCUCUUAGAUUAAAAGCUAUUGAAACAGUCAUGGCAUUAUGUCAAGUUGAUGAUAAAAUAGAUAGAAACGAUAUUACAUUGCAAGAUCAAGUUGCUGAUAUUAUCAUGUUAUUUUUACCUGGUAUUGUUAGUGGUUUGCAAGAAAUAGCCAUGGGAAACGAAAUACAAGGAUAUAAACUUACAAUGUUAGCAGUAAGAGCUUGGGGCAGAAUAGUAUCUCUUGUAAUGAAAGAUAAAAUAGAGGAAGAUGAUACAUUAUCAUUAAAUGAUUUAAUGAAAAUAAAUAAUGAAAAACACAUUAAUCCAAUAGAAAAUUUUCCAAAUCUGAGAGAUAGGAGUGAAUUGGAAAAACAUCUUAAAAGUGCAAAAAGAAAUAAAGAAUGGUUUAAUGCUUGUGCAAUUAAACUCAAUGUACUUGUUCAACAAUUAGAUGUAUUAAAAAGACACUCUCAUUAUAAAGUUAGGAAGGAAUUAGUUGAAAAUAUUCAUUUAUUAGUAACAACAUGUUGCAGGAAUAUGAAACCAAAUAUUAUGUUACUAAUAGAGUAUUUAAUAUCUCUAUCUGAGGAUGAAUUUGCAGAAGUUCGCGAAGAAGCUGAAAAGGCACUAAAUAUGAUCAAUAUAAAUUUUAUACAAAAUAAGAGUAUGAGAUCAUUAGUGGAAUUAUUAGAAGAAAACUUUUAUAAUCUUCUUACAAAAUUACCUCGGAUUAUUAGGAGAUCUGAUGAUAGUGAUCAAUUGUCGUGCUUGAAUCAAAUUGCUGGUUAUUUAAAACUUCUUGGAGAGCAAAGAUUGCCUCGUGUUAUGAUGUCAGCAUCUCAUGUUCGUAGAUUAAUAUUGGCUCUUGUAUAUGUGACUGAAAUAGAUUGCAGUAACAUUUCUCUUUUGCAAAUGGUAAAUGUUAAAGAUCUUGAAGAUCCAGCAUAUUCAUAUGGAUCAUAUUUAUGGAGACGAUUUAAAUUUAUCCAAAGUAGUGUAUGUGAAGCAAAAGUUAUUGCAAUAUGUAAAUAUUUAGGUGAAUUUGGCGAUUUUCGAAUUUUAAUAGAUACUAUUUUUGGCCUUAUAUUUGAUGUCCCACAACAUAAAAAAGAGUUAAUUUUAUUAUUAAAUUGGAUGAUACAUGUACCUGUUAAAGACUCAUCAGUUUUACCAAUUUAUAGAGAAGUUAUAGAAUUAUACAUAAAUCCUGAAUUGUGGUAUUCAGUGAUUGAAAUUAAUGAAGAUGUACCUUUGCGAGUGGCACAAAGCAAUGUGAUACAAUGUUGCUUAUUAUUAGAAGGUUUGGGAUUAAUAGCUCAAAACUUGAAACGUGAUUAUGACACAUUUCUUCUUAAAACAUUGUAUCUCAUUAUAGAAAGAGCAGGUAGUGGACACAGUUUAAUCAGCUUUGUUGGUAGCCAAACUCUCGAAAAGAUUGCAGAAUCACAACUACAUAAUACUGUAGGAGACCUCUUACGUGCCAAUGUCGAUUACUUUUCAUAUCAUGUUAGUAUAAAAUUACGUAGAGUAGAACGUAAUCCCAGUGUGCUCGAUGUUGUUGGAGUCGUCAUGAAAUAUAGCACAAUCGACGUGUUACCUUGUUUAAAGGAAAUUGUUGAAGAUGUGCUAUUACAAUUAAAUAGUAGUUUUCAAAAAAAAAAUUCUUAUUCUUUUUUGAAAGUUUUUUAUACAUUUACAAUAUGUAUAAAAAAUUUAGCAAAUCCCAAACAAGUAUCAAUAAUACAUGAGCAAAGUAUAAAUACUAAAAGUGAAUCUUUGAAAGUUAUUCAAUCCUUGUUAGAGUAUUAUGAGGCAAAAAAUGUUAAAAACAUGGAUAAUAUAGAACAGAUUUGUGAAAUUAAAGAAGAAGAAGAAGAAAUGAGAGAAACAGUAGAGAAAAGCAUAGAAGAAAAUGAAUAUCAAACAGAUUUUAAUGAGCAAGAAGGAAAAGAGAAAAAUAUACCGUCUUAUAUAAAAAUGAUUGAAGAUGUAAUGAAGCACUGUUUACACUUCUUACCAUCUAAAGAAAUAGAGAAGUCACUGAUUGCAAUGUCAACAUUACAAGAAGGUCUUGAAAUUUUAUCAAACUGGGAGAAUCAAUUAUUACCUAUUGUGCAUUUACUUUGGCAUCCACUAGUAGAUAGAUUUCACGAUGAAAAUGUAUUAAUAAUUAAUCGAGCAUGGCAAUUAUUAAACGUGCUUGGUCAUGUUUCAAAAGAUUUUAUACGAUCUAGAACGCUUAAACAAGUAUUGCCUGCACUUUCAAAAUUUUUGAGCGAUUCUGCUAAAAAAAGCUAUAAUAAAAAUUCCGAAAACAUUUAUAAAUUUACUCAAACUUAUAAAUUGCAAAAGGAAUUACUUUUUACUUUAGGACAAUUAACAAAGAAUUUAUCUUUUCAUGAACGAGAAACAUGGAAUAUUUUGAGUAUUACAGAAUUAUACCUCAAUAAACAUCAGAAUCCUAUGUUACAAGCAUAUUGUAUACAGCUAUAUAAAGAUAUUGCAGAUUAUAAUAGUGAUAUUGUUUUGGUGAAAUGUCUUAGUAUCUUUAAUUCUAAAAUAAGAAAAAUUGCUAUGGAUACAACUUUUAAUAUUAAAGAUUUAAUGAUCACUGAAAAUAAUUUAGCAAAUGAAUAUUUUAAGAAUGUAUAUAUUAUAAUAAAAUAUAUUCAGGAUAAAACUUCUGACUUUUAA